AUGGGGAACAAUGUCUCUGUGCUGCUUCAGGACAACGCGCCGGUGCCGAGCAUCGUCGUAUCGACCCAACACGAGGUGCGCGCCAGCUCAGACCUCGGCAAUGGCGACGGCGGCGCGAGCGCGCCGAAUCAGCCGUCGUUGCUGUCGGUAGGCAGUGUGGUGGAGCGGUGCCCAGCGAUACGCGUCAUGGCGACCAACAAAGCGCACGAGCUUUUAGGCGGCAGCGGCUCAGCCAGCGUCACCCGGGAAGCGAUGUGGUCACCGCCACCAUCGCCGUCACUAUCAGCGGAGGAGCAGCCCGUGUUGCUGGUGGAGGACUGUGCGGCCCCCGAUGCCUUCACCAGGUCGAGCACGUACGUGCCAGUGCUGAACGCCAUCUUUGCCUACGUCGAGGAGCACAGAAAUGUUUGCCCAGCGCCGGCCGACGCACAAAGAGGCAGCAGCAGGGCGGUCUGCCCUAUCGGCAUCGAAUUUGACCCGACGCUGUACCUUGGGGAGCGACUGAGCAGGAGCGAGACACGCGCUGACUUCGCCGAGUACUGCGAGCUCUUCCUCACACAUCUCAUCAUCGCGCUCGAGAGCGCUGCAAAGAUGGCGCAGGCGGACCCCUCACCAGCAACGAUGUCGACGCCCUCCUACGCGAGAGCCGCACCUGGGGUAGGGACCGCCGAGGGUGUGCCACCGCGGCUCGCUAUCCUGCACCUGGACGCGCGCUCGUGUGGGCUCGACGACACGACAGGGCCGUGGCUCGCGUCGUCGCUGAUAAUGCGCGCCGUCCGUCGCACGCGCCCCUACGCAAUCGUCUCCGCCCGUGCGAGCGUGGCUGGCGGCGGCGAAGACGGGUUCAUGUCGUACUUUUCGCCAGGGGUCAAGGCGGAUAUGAUGUGGGCAUCGUUGCAGCACGUCCUGCUCACGCACAACAGCAUGUCCCUCCAAGGCAUCAAGGCGGUCCUGGAGAACCUGUUGGCAGAAGACGCCAUGCACGACGUCCUGCUCCAGCAGCAGGGUAUCGACGUCAAGGCACAGAAGUCAAUGGAGGUGAUGAGGGCUGUCACGCAGGGCUGCCUGUUCCCUCGCCAAACCUCGCAGCUCCUGCCAGAGCUGUAUCUUGUCGAUGUGCGCCACAAUCAGUACAGCGAUGCUGAGGUGCUGAUGUUUCAGCAGAUUAUUCGUGCCUCCGCUAAAGACGAGUCAGCGCACACACAGGGCACCGGCACCGCUCUACCGUCAGAGAUGCCGGCGCCAACCCCAGGUCCAGUGCCGUCCGCUUCGUCCUCCUCGACAGCUUUUGCCGACGCUGCCGCGGUGCCACCACAGCAAUCACCGGAGGGGAGCAGCAGUGUCUCUCAUGUCUCACCGACCGAAUAUAGCCAGGCAGGCACCGACAAUUAUCCCAACGCUGCCCAUUCCUACGUUCAGUCACCACUGUUGCAGGAGCAGCAGCACGCUGCUGCCGAACAGGCCAGUGCCACUCCGACUGGUACACCUACUGUCGCUCUUGCAGUCAGCCAAACUCGCUGGCCAGGCAAGAAUCCUCCGCAGUGCUACGUGUUGCAGACGCCGCGCAGCAAGCACGACGACACGUAUGGGUAUGCAAACCUGCCCGGCGAAGUCUCCAGUGGACAACUCGGGAACAGCCGCGAUGGCGCAGCUCCAGACGCCUCCUUCGCAUCAAACCCCUCCAGGUCCGUCACCCCGUCACAGGUGUUCUCCUUAGCGACGCCGCCUCUCACGCCACGCGGUGAGUUGCGCAAGGCCCAGCCGGGGCACCGCCCCUCGGGUAUCCGGGUGCUCUCCCGUCAACUCUCACCCGAAAGCAGCCGGCGGUCUGACCUCACCAAAGUGGACGUCUCCGCGACAGCGAUUGAUAAGGUGCCGGAUGGCCUCGUCAUGAGUCGCAGCGCCCGCAUAUUGCGCAGCCUCUCCCCUCACUCCGAGUUGCGGGUGAAGGCGCCUGUCGCAACCUCCUCGACACCCCAAUCCCCAGGCGUGCUGAUCACUCGCACCCCUGCAUCCUCUCCAUACCGCCUUGACACUGAAGUGCUACAGCAGACCUACAAAGUGCUGAAGGCCCAGCUGUCGGAGGGCACGAGUAAGGCACCAGUAGCAGCGACGUCCUCGCAGUCAACAACACGGCGGCAGCGCAUGCCAACCCCGCGAUCGCCACGGCUGAACUGUGGGAAAGCUGAGCUAGGCGGCGCCGAGGUGGAGCUGCAGAACCUGCCGCUGCACCAGCACCACCGUCCCAACCUCCACCUACAGCACCAUUUGUGGCAGAGGGGCACCCGAGGUGAUCACAACCCCAGCAGCGGUCGCGCAGAAGACGAGCUGUGGAUAGAUGAGGUCUACACGCAGAGCCAUGGCCGCGGCACUUCUCCAGAUCUCGGCACAAGUAGUCGGCGGCGGUACUACGGCAUCCCAGCCCUCGCCCCGCCGGUGCCGCCCUUCGCCUCCUCCGCGCGCGCCCCUACCGCCAUGUUAGCAGCUGGUCUGCGCAAGUGUCGCGAGACCCCACCCCAGGUGGCCUCGCGGUGGGCGUCCCCGGCAUCGGCGCGUCGGUGGCUCAGAACCACCUAUGAAGACAUCAAGAGACGCGUCAUCUCACCGCGUCAUCUUCACAAGGAGCGGCUGGAGAUGGCACAGUACGAGGCCGCAGCGGCCGCCGAGACACGGGCUAGGGAGUGGAUGCGCAAGUGCUCGGUGCAGCUAAGUUCGUCGGGGCUGAACAGCGAGAGCAGCCACUCUGUCUCCGCGCCGCAGCACCCGGUACGCCAGCCGAGCCCAUCUCUACAGGUGGAGAGCGGGGUGACGUGUGGGGAGCAUCCCUCUCUCUCAGACCUGCUGUCUCCCUCCCCGGUGCCGCAGCGGCCAGCAGCAGAGCUAGGGGUGGAGGCGGAGGCCACCUCAUCAGUGAGGCCGACGGACCUCAACGGUGAGUCGGCAAGCGCGCACACAAGCAGCGCUCAUGAGAGACCUCAUGCAGACGCCGCAACAACACCCAGCGCUGAGCAAGACUCGCCAGCAUUGCAGUACCACCGGCCAUCCACCGAAGCGCCGAUGACCACCAUCCCCACCAAAUUCCGCCUGUCGACAGCGCUGCCGCCGCACAUCGCGCCGCGUGGAACCGUGACAAGCCAACUGCGCAAGGUCAUCAAGCAGCGCCAACGCCGCUUUUCUGAAGUGGAAGAACACGAGAAUACGUACCACGCCAGAAACUGGCAGCCGCAAACGAAGCAUCGGCCCACUAGCGUCACGGCUGCAAUGCGCGCGCCGUGGGCCCAGCCGGAGGAGAUGGCGGCGGUGCUGUACGAUCAGAAGCGACGUGCGAUCGCCAACUCCCUUCGUGGCGACGCGGCCCCCCAACGGGGGUGGGACCCGUCAGUACAUAGUGCCAGCCGCAAUGAGAGCCUCGCUCUGGCGCCAGCGCGAGUUCAGGGAUUGUGGAAGCCUCCCACGGUUGUGUCCACACCGGCGUACACCGAGCACGGCAGGGAGCCGGUGCACAUGAAGCUGCGCACCCGCGGACGGGCAGCCUGCUGA